CGGUUCUCUCCACCACCGCUAAGAUCUCCUGCGCGGCCGUCGUCAGUUUCUCGCCGACGAUGACUCUCAGAAUCGCCGCUUUGGACACGUUGCAGAGACCGUCCAUGGCCUCGCGCUCCAUAACGGUACCGUGGGUCCAGGACGGAGCAGAUGUCCAGCAGAGGGGAGAUUGGACUGAUGAGCGGCCGGAAUCAAAACCCUGCAGCACCGACCUGUGGUAAACCUCAGGUGUUCGACUGGUGUCCGUCGCCACAGCAGCAGCAGUACUUAAACCUCACCAGCUGGGGGCGAAACAACACAACACAGACUCAGACCACUGCUGUUUCGUCCGUGCAUCCUCUCGUCCCUCUCCUCCUCUACAGUGACAGACAUUUCCCAUCAGCCUCCCCCCUCACUCAGCCAAUCAGCACAUCUGCUGCCGACCCGGCCGACGCCCACUCCAGGUCACACCCCUAUUACCACGGCAACAGUGUCACCAGCAGACAGGUGGUGAAGAAGCCUCUGAACGCCUUCAUGCUCUACAUGAAGGAGAUGAGACACAAAGUGCUGCAGGAGGGACGAGAGAGAGAGAGCGCCGCUAUCAACCGCAUCCUGGGACGCCGGUGGCACGCUCUGUCGCACUCUGAACAGUCCAAAUACUACGAACUGGCCCAGAAGGAGAGACUGCUCCACAUGCAGCUUUACCCUGGAUGGUCCGCCAGAGAUAACUAUGGGAAAAGGAAGAGGAAGCGCAGCCAACAGCCCUCAGGAAGCUGCUCCAGGCUCAGUUAAAAGGAAGGAAAAAUACUUCCUUAUCUUUCAUUUCAUUUAAUUUAAGCUCUACUCAUAGCUGUUGUGGUUUUGGCAGAAACUUGAAAUAACUCAUCAUUCAUCAGUCUGUCCUUUUUCUGCCAUUUAUUUGGGUGCAGUCCUCGAUAAUUCAUUCAUUCUAUUAGGAGUUGUAGUUAUAGUACAGCUGGGAAUUACUGCAAAAAUUACUACAAAAUGUGACAUGAAUAUCAAUAAAUGUGUGUAAUAAACAA